AGAAGAAGACUGUUAGCGAGAGACUAAAGUCACUAAACCAAAGGGACAAAACUGAAGCAGUUGGUGAUGACACGUCUCGCACGUGCUGGUUCCAUCUCAACACGUUUCUUCUGAAUUCCUUUGUUAAAUUUCGCCGUCGUUUACCACUGAUUCGGCUUCAAUUCUACAGUUUCAUGAUCUGCUGUCCGAUCCGAUCACACAAACCCUAAUUAAAUGCUCGAUUUUCAUUAACAAGAAUAAAAUUGGAAGGUUAAAGUGACAGUGACGGUGACGUUGACGAUGCAGAGACGGAGUCCACCGAAGCACAGACACGAUGGGACUUCGCCGCUGCCUUUGGGGAUGGAUUGGAGCCCUCCGCCUCGAAAAUGGCAUGGGCGAGACACUGUUUGGCCACAUGAUCCUCGGACAGGAUGGAGUUACUGUGUCACAAUACCUUCAUGGGUUGUCUUACCAAAAUCAAGAGAUUCGGAUCCUGUAGUGUUUUACAGGGUUCAGGUUGGUUUACAAUCUCCAGAAGGGAUUACGACCACACGAGGAGUCUUAAGAAGAUUUAAUCAUUUUCUGAAAUUGUUUAAUGAUCUUAGAAAAGCAUUUCCCAAGAAAAAUCUUCCCCCCGCUCCACCUAAGGGACUGCUGCGUAUGAAAAGCAGGACACUUUUGGAAGAGAGAAGGUGCUCUCUGGAGGAGUGGGUGACAAAGCUGUUGUCAGACAUUGAUAUCUCACGAAGUGUUUCAGUGGCAUCCUUUCUUGAACUAGAAGCUGCUGCGAGGUCUUCAUUUCUAGAAGUAAACCACAACUCAUUAGAAGCAAAUUCUUCUGGUAGUAGCACUGUUCCUUCGUUUCAAAUGCCUACCCAUUCAAGCUCAGCUCUUACUGCUAGUUCAUCAGUCACUUCGGAUUAUGGUAGUGAUACUGCUUAUGAGACAUCUGAGGUUGGCACUCCAAGGCUAGGAAGGGAUGAUGGCUCAGAAAAUGGUAUAGAGGAUCUAGCAUUGGAUGAAGAUGUAACGAAUCCUAUAGAAAAGCUUGUGAAGUAUGGUAUGUCCAACAUUGAUGAGGGAUUGUUCAUGGGACAGACUAUUCUAGAGCAGCUUGAAGGUUUUCCUCGGCAUAAAACACAUGCCCGACAACAUUUCAAUAAUGUUAUAGGGAAGGAUACAUAUAAUGGGCAUGCUUCAAAAGCCUCAUUUCUUGCUGGUGAUGGAAUGGACCUUUUCUCUGAACCAGAGCCUGCUAAGGUAAUUGAUCACACACGGAAGCUAUCAUCUGAAAGUGUUAGAAGUGACACAAGUUCUUUAAGAGGUAGUGAAAUGUCAAACUCUGGUGUUCUAAAUUCAUCUGUUGAUGGCUCUCUUGACUUUUAUGGAUGCACUGAGAUUUCAAGUACCAUGGAACUUGGCAACACAAAUCUGCAGUUUUCAGGUGAUGGACAAGUAGUUAUUCCAAUGGAUCAGCGCCAUAAAUUGAAUAGGGCUCUUUUGACAAUGGAGCGGAGACUAGUAACUGCUAAAACAGACAUGGAGGAUCUUAUUGUCAGAUUAAAUCAAGAAAUAGCUGUAAAAGAAUACCUUAUGACAAAGGUUAAGGAUUUGGAGGUGGAACUUGAAACUUCUAAACAGAAAAGUAAAGAAAAUCUGCAGCAAGCUAUUUUAAGUGAGAGGGAAAGGUUCACACAAAUGCAAUGGGACAUGGAGGAGCUGAGGCGGAAAGCUUUGGAAAUGGAGUGGAAGUUGAAGUCGAGACAGGAUGCACAAUCAGAUACAGUGACAACAAAAGAAUCCGCUAGCCAGGAGAAAGAAGCAGUGUUGCAGGAGUUGGAUGCUACUAAACAGCAACUUGAGGUUUUGUCAAAGCAAUAUGAAGAGCUGGAUGCAAAGUCGAAGGCAGAUAUUAAAGUUCUUGUUAAAGAGGUUAAAUCUCUCAGAAGUUCACAUAAAGGACUGAAGCAAGAGCUUAGUCAAGUGCUGAAUGAAAAAUCUGAGACUGAGGAACUCCUUCAACAAGAAAGAGAGACAAGUGACAGAGUGAAAACUGCUAGAAAAAAGCUGCUACAUAAAUGCGGGAUUCUUCAUAGCCAGUUUCAGGAAUGCAAUACUAAUCUACUUGCUGAAAAUACAUACAAUUCUAUCUUAGAAUCUUCUUCUCUGGCAGACGCAUUAGAGUUGUUGAAUACAUCUGAUCACCAAAUUGCCCUCCUACAUGCAGAGUUUUCUUCAAAAAUUGGUCAGGCAGAACGAUUAGCAGAGGAUGAUGAAGCCACUGCACAUGACGCCAAUGAUGACACAGUUGCAGAUGUCGAGUUGAGGAAAAUGAUUACAGAUAUCUUCAUUGAGAAUAGUAAGCUGAGAAAACAGGUGAACCGUGUUAUUCGUAGUUUCCUCUUGUCAAGAAACAAGGAUGAGGAUGAGGAUGAGGCUGCCUCAGAAAAUGUUUCCAUGAACAAAUCACCAGAAAGAUAAGAGGUUGGACAUUAUUUUAUUUUCUUUUCAUAGAGUAAAAUGAAAUCAUGAUGGGAGACAAUCAUUUGGUGUUUGAAAUGGUUGAUGAAGUCAUGAAAAGCAGUAGGUUCUGUCCUGGAAUUUUGUGAUAGAAAUAUUUGCUCUUGGUGUAAUGUUGUGGUGAGAAUUGAAUAGUUAUUAUAAAGGUGAAAGGAAAAUUAUGAAUCAAAGUAGUAGAACACACAUUAGCUUCA